GUUAGAAAAAGAAAACGAAGACACACUAGGGAGAUUUCGCACGCAAACGCCUCUCUCAGUCUCUGUCUCUAAAACCCACUCUCUUUAAAAGAAUCCACCAAUAAAGGAAGGACUAAACUAAUCCAAUAAACAGAAAGAAAUAUCAUUAAACUACUAAUUCAUGGCUUUGCUUGUCUCUGCCUCUUGCAUGCCCAAAUCUUUACUAUCACCAGCGCCACUGAAACACAUCUCCCUCAAAGCCCCUACCCUUUCGUUUACUAGUGCAGAACUGCCAAAGAGAACCAAGAAGUUCUCUCCUUUUCAUGUGGCAGCACCCCCGUCACCAUCUAUUCAGAAAGAGGAGGAGGGAGAAGAUAAAGAAGGAGACUUUAGAGUUGAUGAUGAGACUGGAGAGGAGAGUUCUGAUUCCAAGUUCUCUUGGAGGGAUCAUUGGUACCCGGUUUCUUUGGUUGAGGAUUUGGACCCCAGCUUGCCAACCCCGUUUCAGCUUCUGGGUCGAGACUUAGUUCUUUGGUUUGAUAAGGCCAGUCAAGAAUGGGUUGCUUUUGAUGAUAAAUGUCCCCACAGGCUCGCUCCUUUAUCUGAAGGGCGAAUUGAUGAAAAGGGGCAUCUGCAAUGUUCAUACCAUGGAUGGUCAUUUGCUGGGUGCGGAUCUUGCACGAAGAUACCUCAGGCCUUGCCUGAAGGUCCUGAAGCUCGUGCGGCUAAGUCCCCCAGAGCUUGUGCUACCAGAUUUCCUACGAUGGUUUCCCAAGGUCUUCUCUUUGUUUGGCCAGAUGAGAAUGGUUGGGAGAGAGCUCAGGCAACCAAGCCUCCAAUGUUACCUGAUGACUUUGAUAAACCCGAGUUCUCAACAGUUACAAUUCAGCGUGAUUUGUUCUAUGGUUAUGAUACGCUUAUGGAGAAUGUCUCUGAUCCUUCCCACAUUGAUUUUGCUCAUCACAAGGUUACAGGAAGGAGAGAGAGAGCCAAGCCUUUGCCAUUUAAGUUGGAAGCUAGUGGGCCUUGGGGCUUUGCUGGGGCUAAUGAUGGAAAUCCACGGAUCAGUGCUAAGUUUGUUGCACCUUGUUACUACAUGAAUAAAGUAGAGAUAGACGCAAAACUUCCUAUAGUUGGUGAUCAGAAAUGGAAAAUAUGGAUUUGUUCCUUCAACGUGCCAAUGGCACCUGGGAAGACACGUUCAAUUGUUUGUAGUGCUCGAAACUUCUUCCAAUUAACAAUGCCAGGGCCUGCUUGGUGGCAGGUGGUUCCCAGAUGGCACGAGCACUGGACUUCAAAUAAGGUGUACGAUGGAGACAUGAUUGUUCUUCAGGGUCAAGAGAAGAUCUUUCUUUCCAAAGCAAAGGAAGGUUCAACUGACGUAAAUCAAAAUUACACAAAACUCACAUUCACACCCACUCAAGCGGAUCGCUUUGUCUUAGCUUUUCGAAAUUGGCUGAGGCGACAUGGAAACAGCCAACCUGAGUGGUUAGGCUAUAGUGAUCAACAACCUUUGCCAUCAACAAUCCUAUUAAAAGGCCAGAUGUUGGAUAGAUUUGAACAGCAUACCCAGAAAUGCUCAUCAUGUAGAAGGGCCUACACUGCAUUCCAAACAUUACAAAAAAUUUUAAUUGGUGCAACUGUGGCUUUCUCUGCUACGGCUGGGAUUCCCUCAGAUCUCCAGUUCAGGGUUUUCUUGGCCGGACUUGCAAUUUUAAGUGCCGGCUUGGCUUACAUCUUGCACCAACUGGGGAGAAAUUUUGUAUAUGUUGAUUAUGUACAUGCUGAAAUUGAAUAAGAAGACACAGACAAUUAUAGAACUUAA